GACCGUCGGGUUCUGCUAUGGCACAUGGAACAAGCUAUCCACUCGAGAGUCAAGCCCAUACAGCUGAAAGGAGAGCACCAUUCCAACAUUUUUUGCCUGGCUUUCAACAGUGGGAACACCAAAGUAUUCUCUGGAGGAAAUGAUGAGCAAGUUAUCCUCCAUGAUGUUGAAAGCAGCGAGACCUUGGAUGUGUUUGCUCACGAAGAUGCGGUAUAUGGCUUGUCGGUGAGCCCCGUGAAUGACAACAUUUUUGCCAGCUCCUCAGAUGAUGGCCGGGUACUUAUCUGGGACAUCCGGGAGUCCCCCCAUGGAGAGCCCUUCUGCCUGGCAAACUAUCCAUCAGCCUUUCACAGUGUCAUGUUUAACCCUGUGGAGCCCAGGUUAUUGGCCACAGCCAAUUCAAAGGAAGGAGUGGGACUCUGGGAUAUUCGAAAACCUCAGAGUUCUCUCCUGCGCUAUGGUGGCAACCUGUCCCUCCAGAGUGCCAUGAGUGUGCGGUUCAACAGCAACGGGACCCAGCUCCUGGCCCUGAGGCGUCGCCUGCCCCCUGUGCUCUAUGACAUCCAUUCCCGCCUGCCUGUGUUCCAGUUUGACAAUCAGGGUUACUUCAACUCUUGCACCAUGAAAAGUUGCUGCUUUGCAGGGGAUCGUGACCAGUAUAUCCUUUCAGGCUCUGAUGACUUUAACCUGUAUAUGUGGAGAAUUCCUGCAGAUCCAGAAGCAGGUGGCAUUGGUAGGGUGGUCAACGGAGCCUUCAUGGUGCUGAAAGGGCAUCGGUCUAUUGUUAACCAGGUCCGAUUUAACCCUCACACCUACAUGAUCUGCUCUUCUGGCGUAGAAAAGAUUAUCAAGAUCUGGAGCCCAUACAAGCAGCCAGGAUGUACAGGAGACCUAGACGGACGGAUUGAGGAUGAUUCCCGCUGCCUCUAUACCCACGAAGAAUACAUCAGCCUUGUGCUGAACAGCGGGAGUGGCCUGUCACACGACUAUGCCAACCAGUCCGUGCAGGAAGACCCCCGGAUGAUGGCCUUCUUUGACUCGUUGGUGCGCCGAGAGAUCGAGGGCUGGAGCUCUGACUCCGACAGCGACCUCAGUGAGAGCACUAUACUCCAGCUGCACGCUGGGGUCAGCGAACGCUCAGGCUACACUGACUCAGAGUCCUCAGCCUCGCUGCCCCGUUCCCCUCCACCCACGGUGGACGAGAAUGCCGACAGCGCCUUCCAUCUGGGGCCCCUGCGGGUCACCACCACCAACGCGGUGGCCUCGCCUCCACCGCCGCCCACGUGCGAGGACGCAGCCUCUCGCCAGCAGCGCCUGUCUGCCCUGCGGCGCUACCAGGACAAACGCCUCUUGGCACUCUCCAACGAGUCCGACUCUGAGGAGAACGCCUGCGAGGUUGAGCUGGACACAGAUCUCUUCCCCCGGCCGCGGUCUCCCAGCCCUGAAGACGAGUCCAGCAGCUCCAGCAGCUCCAGCAGCUCUGAGGACCAGGAGGAGCUGAACGAGCGCCGAACCUCCACGCGGCAGCGGAACGCCAUGCGGCGCCGACAGAAGACACCCCGGGAAGAGAGGCCCACCCCUGCGAGCAAGCCCGCCAACACCUACAUUGGAGAAGACAACUACGAUUACCCCCAGAUCAAAGUGGAUGACCUCUCCUCCUCCCCGACGUCCUCCCCUGAGCGGGGCACUUCCACCCUGGAGAUUCAGCCGAGCCGAGCAUCGCCAACCUCUGACAUAGAGUCGGUUGAACGAAAAAUUUAUAAGGCUUACAAGUGGCUCCGCUACUCAUAUAUCUCCUACUCAAAUAACAAAGAUGGAGAGAGCUCCCUCGUGGCUGGGGAGGCCGACGAAGGGAGAGCCGGAACCAGCCACAAGGAUAACCCAGCCCCUUCUUCCAGUAAGGAAGCCUGUCUAAGCAUGACCAUAGCCCAGCGGAACCAGGACCUGCCCCCUGAAGGUCGCAGCAAGGAUGCUUUUAAAGAAGGGACUUCUGCUAGAAAUCCCAGCAAUGGCCCAGGCCAUGAGCACAGCAGCCACCCUUGGGCAGAGGCGCCAGAAGAUACCUCACAGGACACUAACAAUGGUAGCUCUGUAGAACAUUCUUUCGAAACCAAGAAGCUCAAUGGAAAGGCCCUGAGCAAGGCCCUAAGCAGCCGGGCUGAGGAGCCGCCCUCUCCUCCUGUCCCCAAGGCAUCUGGCUCCACUCUCAGCAGUGGGUCUGGCAGCUGUCCCAGGACCCAGUCUGAUGACAGUGAGGAGCGGAGCCCCGAAACCAUCUGUGCCAACCACAACAAUGGACGCUUACACCCCCGCCCCCCUCAUCCCCACAACAAUGGGCAGAACUUCGGGGAGCUGGAGACAGUAGCCUGCUCUUCCCCAGGACAUUCGGACACUGACCAUGAUAACUUGUCCCUGACAGGGACGCUCCUACACAAAGAUUGUUGUGGGUCUGAAAUGGCCUGUGAGACCCCCAGUGCUGGAACGAGAGAGGACCCCACUGACCCCCCAGACACAGACAGCAGUAGGGCUGUUCACGGCCACAGUGGCCUCAAAAGGCACCGAAUCGAAUUGGAAGAUACAGAUUCAGAGAAUUCCUCCUCAGAGAAGAAAUUAAAAACAUGA